GCGGCGCAGGCCCGGCUGUACUCGGCAGCCGCCGCGGCCCGCCGCAGCAUGUGAGCCCGGCGGGGCGGGGAUGCUCUGGCUGCUCUGCGGCCCCUCCCGCGCCAUGGAGACCCAGGCGCUGGUGAUCCGCAUCAAGAUCCCCGACGGCGGGGCCGUCGACUGGACCGUUCACUCGGCUCAGCUGCUCUUCAGGGACGUGCUGGAUGCCAUCGGUCAAGUUUUGCCAGAUGCAACGACAACAGCAUUUGAGUAUGAAGAUGAAGAUGGUGACCGGAUUACUGUUAGAAGUGAUGAAGAAAUGAAAGCCAUGCUAUCCUAUUAUUACUCCACUGUAAUGGAACAGCAAGUAAAUGGACAAUUAAUAGAGCCUCUACAGAUAUAUCCAAGAGCCUGCAAGCCUCCUGGGAAACGGAACAUACAUGGCCUGAAGGUAAAUACGCGAGCGGGGUCUGCUAAUAAUAGCAGUUCAGCGGUCUCGGAUUCCCUUCCAAGCAAUAGCUUGAAAAAGUCUUCUGCAGAGCUGAAGAAAAUACUUGCAAAUGGCCAGAUGAAUGAACAAGACAUACGGUAUCGAGACAUCCUCGGUCAUGGCAAUGGAGGCACAGUCUACAAGGCAUAUCAUGUCCCUAGUGGAAAAAUACUAGCAGUAAAGGUCAUACCCUUAGAUAUAACACUGGAACUCCAGAAGCAGAUAAUGUCGGAGUUAGAAAUUCUUUAUAAGUGUGACUCAUCAUAUAUCAUAGGAUUUUAUGGUGCUUUUUUUGUAGAAAACAGAAUUUCCCUGUGUACAGAGUUCAUGGAUGGGGGUUCUUUGGAUGUUUAUAGAAAAAUUCCAGAGCAUGUCCUGGGAAGAAUAGCAGUAGCUGUUGUGAAAGGCCUUACCUAUUUAUGGAGUCUAAAGAUUUUACACAGAGACGUGAAGCCAUCUAAUAUGCUGGUGAACACACGAGGCCAGGUGAAGCUGUGUGACUUCGGGGUGAGCACGCAGCUGGUGAAUUCUAUAGCCAAGACGUAUGUUGGAACAAAUGCUUAUAUGGCGCCUGAGCGGAUUUCAGGAGAACAGUAUGGAAUUCAUUCGGACGUUUGGAGUCUAGGGAUUUCCUUCAUGGAGCUUGCUCUUGGGAGGUUUCCAUAUCCUCAGAUUCAGAAAAACCAGGGAUCUUUAAUGCCUCUCCAGUUAUUGCAGUGCAUUGUUGAUGAGGAAUCGCCCGUCCUUCCAGCCGGGGAGUUCUCUGAGCCAUUUGUACACUUCAUCACUCAAUGCAUGAAAAAGCAACCAAAGGAAAGACCAGCACCUGAAGAUUUAAUGGGCCACCCCUUCAUCGUGCAGUACAACGACGGGAACGCCGAGGUGGUGUCCAUGUGGGUGUGCAGGAUGCUGGAGGAGCGGCGAGCGGCCCAAGGACCACAGUGACCACAGCACCAUCCACCACAGCUCCUCCUGGACCAGCAGCACCAGCCCCGCCGCUUCCAGCUCUCAGCCUCUCCGGAUCGUAUUUUACUAAAAAUAUUUUCUAGGAAGCAUCAUCAACAAAACCUUGCAGGAUCUUCGUUGCCGCCUUGCCCUCACCACCACGUUAAGGAAUUUCCUUCCCGGGUUUCUUUUGCUGCUGAGCAAAUUAACGUCCUCAGAUUAUCUUCAGUUAAACUGUACACAGCCUUAAAGCAAGUAUUUUAUAUCUCUAUUUUUUUGUUACUGAAUGUAUUGUAUAUUUCCUGCCUCCAGAGUAUUUUUUAACUGUUGGUCUUUUGCUAUUGUACAAAUGACACGCUGAGUGUCUUCAGAGGAUUUCGUAGAGAGCUGUUGGCUCUCUGUGAGUGCAGACGUCCACAAAACGCUGGUUUUAAAUGUUAAAACGAAAGCAAACAAACAGACAAGAAGUGUCUGGAGUCACCCAUCCUGCCAGGAGGUUGAGGGAUUGCCCUUUUGGAGUGAAAAAAAAGGUAUGAAGCGAUGGGCAGAGCCUGCUGCUGGGACUGGGGUUUGCUGGAAGGACCGAGCAGGAGAGGACAGGACACACAGGGGUGUGUGAUGAGCAUCCGUGCUCAGGCACUGCGGGCUCUUCCCUAAAUGCUGAAGGGUUUUAUUGAGGUGGGAAAAAGUGAGGUGAGAGAGGACAACGCUCCCCUAAAUGGAGAAGGGGGGCUGCUGGGCCAGCACCAGCCAGAGCCGGUGGCCCCGAGCCCUGCACGGCCGAGACGGGCUGUCGGCCUCUGGCUGGGAAGGGAGGGUGGCCCUGGGCACCAGAGUUUGCCAACAGCAAUGGCAGGAGGUCCUGCCCCUGCCGUCGAGGAAGCUGAGGACCAUGGCACAGGAUUUGUCCCACUAAAGGGGGACAAACAU